UAGAGUAAAUAUUAAGAUGGGAUCUGUGAAAGUUCAAAAAGAGUGAAAUAUCAAACAUGGUGAUGGAAAAGGGUGGAGCCCUAAAUACAGUCUGGUGGGUGCUGUCGCUCACACGCAUGGUCUACGCUGGGAUCGCCUGCCUCAGCAAUCCAUGCCUUCAUGGUAUAUGCAUCGAUGAUAUUAAUAGCACAUAUGCCUGUUACUGUGUGGAUGGGUACACGGGGGUGCAGUGCCAGACGAACUGGGACGAAUGCUGGUCAGACCCCUGCCAGAAUGGAGGCACGUGUGUGGACGGGAUCGCUACUUACAAUUGCACCUGUCCUGAUGGAUUUAUUGGCGACAAUUGCGAGACGAACUACAACGAGUGCGAGUCAAACCCUUGUAUGAACAACGGCACAUGCAUCGACCUGACCAACGGCUACGUGUGUUCCUGCGUGCCCGGGUACUCCGGGGAACACUGCGAGGUUGACAUCGCUGUGUGUAAUAGUACGGAGGAGGUCCGGUGCUAUAACGGCGGACAGUGCAUCGAGGGGCCCGGGUUCAAGUUCUACUGCAAGUGUGCUUCAGGAUGGACCGGAUCGAAAUGUGAAGACCAAAUCGACGAAUGCGAGUCCAACCCUUGCCAGAAUGGAGGCGUUUGCAUCGACAUGCACGCGGAUUACAUGUGCGCCUGCACUUAUGGUUUUACGGGCCAAAGCUGCGAAGUGCAAAUCGAGUUUUGCGCGACGGACACUUGCAGCAACAACGCGCUAUGUGUGGUAGAGGACGGGCUGCGCGUCUGCUACUGUGUGCCCGACUACCACGGGGAGCGCUGCGAGCUGCAAUACGACGAGUGCUUGCUGGGACCUAGGUGUAUGAAUGGUGGUACCUGCAUCGACGGUGUUGACAACUUCACCUGCUCGUGCCCGCCGCAGCUAACAGGCCCUCUUUGCGAAUGUCUUAUACUAGACGAUGGAACACACGACUGCGAGUACGUCAGCCCUACGCCUUCGCCUAAUGCAACACAACCAACUUUCACCACGCUUAUAGACGGAUUUACAACCACAGAAAUAAUCACUACCUAUGCCAUAUACAAUGAUACUAUACCACCCACCACCACAUUUAUACCUGACACUGAAACUACUAUAGGUUCAACGUUAUUUGAACCUCGAACAACAGAAAGAGCCACAGAAAUAUCUACAGCUCAAAGCGAAAUUGUUACUGCGACUGAAAUUACUACUAUUACUGAACCUACAACUUUAACAGAUGUGACGGAAACGUUUGAAGCAGAGUCUAGAGAAACGAUUGAAACUGAUGACCAUAAAGGAGAGACAACGACAGAAUGUCAGGAAGGUUGUGCUAAAGGUACAGAAUUUACAGCCAAACUGCCUCGAACUGAUGAAGACACUACGACUAGUUUUGCAACUGAACCAACACAACCACAGUCUACCUCAACGGAACCCCCAAAGCCAACUGUACCUACAGUAGUGGAUACAGGAACUACUGUAUCAGAAACGACAUCAACCUCGCCAUCGCCUUCUUCAAUAACUGAAGUAACAUCAACUCCAAAAAUUGAUACGACAACGGAAAAAAUGUUCACGGAUACUCCAACGGAACAUGCUGCCACAGAUAUACCCCUACCAGUGACUACUACUGAAGCUAUGGAUGUUACUACAGGAUUAGACAAUACUACAUAUCUUUAUACUACUACGCCUUCUGAUUGUACUGAAUCUAUUUGCAAUAAACAUGGAACAUGUACUAGUACAGCACAUGGCAUUCGAUGCCACUGCACCUUCAAUUAUAGAGGACGAUUCUGUGACGAGAAAAUUUCAAUCGUAUCAGCAGCUUUCGGCGGCAACUCGUACAUAACUCACAGAAUUCAGAAUACAACCACGAUAGCCAUAGCAUUCAACGCGAAGACACUAAUAACAGACGGCCAAAUAAUGCAUGUGGACAUUGCAAAAGGAGUGUACAUGCAACUUUAUAUGAAUUCUGGCCUUUUAAAGUUUAAAUUCUCCUGUGGCUACCAAACUAUGCUUUUAAGUGAGCUGAAGACGUUCGUUAAUAAAGGGUAUCAGAUGAAAAUUGAAACAAGAUUGGACCUCUAUCUGAACGAGCAACACUGCAACGCAACUCUUCGCCUCAACGACACGGUGGCAAUGAGCGGGGGUCAAGUCGCCAAUAUCUCCUCUUUGGACUACAACACGACGUUUUAUUUAGGAAACUCACCAGAAGGCAGAGACGCUGAAAGUAAACCCUUCAUAGGAUGUAUCAAAGACCUUAUGGUGAACGAUGAAAAUCGGGAUGUAUUCGGAGACGCAAUAAAUGCAAGUGAAGUAACUGAAUGUUCUUCAUUAUCUUGUCUAUCGUGUCCUUGUCAUAAUGGCGGAUCUUGCAGCGACUACGGCGAUGGAUACACUUGCUCCUGUGCUAAUGGUUGGACUGGGGAUCAUUGCGAACAAUCCGUAUGUGAUCAUAAUCCCUGCAAGUCUGGAGGCAGUUGCGUGAGGCAUCCUGGAAGCGGCUUCCUCUGUCUCUGUCCUUACGGCAAACAUGGAAUAUUCUGUGAAUAUAACGUGGAAAUAACUCGUCCAUCACUCGCCCCAAUAACAACAGGAGUGUCUUCCUUUCUCGUCUACCCACUGUCUCCCUCUGUAAUAAACUCUGAUCGUUUUGAUCUGCGCCUGCGCUUCCAAACUCCCGACAUGGAUCAGAUCGCACUGCUAGCGUUUGUCGGGCAGAAGGGACGACAUGACUCCCGCAGUCAACAUCUAGCCUUAACGUUUGUGAAGGGGUAUUUGAUGCUAACCUGGAAUAUGGGAAGUGGUCCACGACGCAUAUUUACGUCUCGCCCUCUCAGCCCCCGUCGAGGAGGCCACACAGUGCGCGUGUGGCGGCGAGGUCGUUCUGGUGGACUCAGCGUCGACGCCCGCCAGAAUGUCACUGGCAACGCGCCUACCAGUGACGCUAAGAUGGCGUUGUUACCUUAUAUUUAUAUUGGAGGACACCCAUCUGAGAACUUCCACGAGCUGCCUCAUGAUUUGCCGCUGCACACGGGGUGGAGGGGCUGCGUCUGGGAGGUGUCAGGGCAGGCCAUAGGCUCGGGCAAGGCCGUGUCAGGCCGAGGAGUGGGCCAGUGUGGUGUGGCGCAAUGUACUUCCAAGUCUUGCAACGCGCCGAGAGGAGUUUGUAUACAUUCUCCUGCUACUUAUGGAUGCAUAUGCAAUGAGGGGUGGUUCGGGCCGACGUGUUCCGCUAAGAAGAGUCCAUGUGACCGCUCAGUAACAAAAUGUCUCGGCGAAUGCAUCCUCACGGCUGAUAAAGCGCAAUGCGACUGUCCUUAUGGGAAGACAGGAGUCAAUUGCGAACUAGACCUGAUCCCAACGGACGUUCUCUUCACGGGCAUACGGUCCUUCGUCCAGUUACUCCCACGCCUCAUGUCCAGCGUGAGUUUGUCGUUCGAGGUGGAGAUCAAACCUGCCAAGGAACGCGGGCUGAUUGUAUUUGCGCAGACGCCACACUUCUAUACGUCAUUGUCGCUGCAAGGAGGCAUGUUGGAGUAUCGAUGGACGGAUCAAUCGUCUGGAGUGACAUCUCUCGUCCGCAGUAGCGUGGUUCUAUCCAUGUCUCAAUGGCAUAACGUGAAAGCGGGUAGAUACGGGAGUCGCCUAUAUGUAUGGGCAGACGGUUCCCUUAGUACUGAAGCUAUGUUAGCUCAUGCUUAUCCCCAUACACAGACGAAUGCAACUGUACUGAUUGGAGGAGCAAAAGAUUUAGCGUCUCUACCAUUCGACGCAAUGUCCGGAGCUCCAGAAUCUUUCACCGGUUGCAUCAGAAACCUUCACAUCAACAAUGUGCUGCUGCCUUUGGAAAGGCAUAACAUUGAAGGGGCACAAAACCUGGGCGACUGCGACGGCACACCUUGCGGAAGCGAGACUUGUGGCGGCGGAGCGUGUAUAGUCGAGGACGGUGUGGCGCGGUGCGCAUGCGCUUUGAGCGGCGGGGGCCCGGCGGGCGAUGAGAGCGCCGGGGCCACGGUGGGCGCGCGCUGCCGGCGGGCGGCGCGCUGCAGCGCAGGCGCGUGCGCGCCGCCCGGCGGGCGCUGCCGGGCCGGCGCCUGCGUGUGCGCCGCCGGACACGCCGGCGACAACUGCCGCACCAAGAUCAAUAUAACAAUACCUCAGUUCAAUGGAGACGGAUUAUUAUCUGUGGGUAGACGGAACUCCCUAGAACGUCAAACUGGUGAACAACGUAUUGGUCCGACAUUGGCGAAGCCGUCCUAUAUUGCUUUGAAUUUUACUACAGCGGAACCCAACGGGUUGUUAAUGUGGUACAAUAUGGGUGCCAAUUUCUUCGGUAUCGGCCUCGAGCACGGAUACCUAAAAGUGGCCUGGUAUUUCCAUCACGACAACUCUUCCAUUGAAGUAUUUAAUAUGAAAGGAACGAAGUUUCCAGAACCUUCGAGAUAUCUCUCCAGAAUGGCCCCGCAUGCGGGUUUCCUGGGUGAUGCAGAAUGGCAUACUGUGAUUGUGAGGUUCGAUAGGAAAAACAUAACUGUAAUGGUUGAUCAGCUGGUAGCUUACGUCGAAGAGCCAGGUUUAGCGACGGAAAUUGACUACGACGAUGUAGAGUUAUUUAUAGGCGGUAUAACCGAAGAAGACAGUGCCACAGCAAAGAAGACAUUUCCAUACAACUUCAAGGGUUGCAUCGACCAGAUAUCCACGAAAGAGGACUCCUAUAUCACUAAUUAUAUUGAUAUUUAUAGCGAAAAUGUUAAGUCGUGCCAACUAUUCCCGUGAGCCUGCGUUUCAGGUAAUUUUGUAUUAAGUUGUCGCGUUAUAAACACUUCAAAUACUCAAAGUACAAAACUUUUCUAGUCUUUAUACGACCAAUUGGUACCAUGUUAGUUGUGUAUUUUUAGAUUUAUUGUCUACCAUUGUAAAUAAUGUGCCUAAGUACAACUCUGUCCUCCAAAAAACUAGUAGAAUCUAUCACUGAUGUUUGGUAUUAGUAGAAAAAAAUUAAACAUUCUUCGUACACAAAA